UUCCAAUACAACUUGAGUCUGAGGAUGUUUGAUUUCUAGAGAUUUGUUGUCCAAAAUGUGGCGGAGAAAACACAAAGUGGAGUCGCUUCCUGAGGCGGAAGAGCGGCGGCCUGGGUUGUCUCUUUACGGUUCUCGUGUGUGUUAUAAGUCCCGCCUCCCGCUCUGGUUUCUGUACGUUCAGAGGAACAACACAGUUAGAGAAUCAUGGCGGAGGAAGCUCCAGCAGCCGCUCCAGCAGCCGCGCCGGCUAAGGCUCCGGCCAAAGCCCCGAAGAAGAAGUCCGCUCCCCGGCCCAAGAAGGACGGACCCAGCCUCCCUAAACUCAUCGUGGCCGCCGUGGCCGAGUCCAAGGAGCGCAAGGGGAUGUCCCUGGCGGCCCUCAAGAAGGUGCUGGCCGGGAAAGGAGUGGACGUGAGCAAGGCCAACAAGCGCAUCAACACCGCCGUCACCAAGCUGGUCACCAAGGGGACCCUGAGCCAGACUAAGGGCACCGGGGCCUCCGGCUCCUUCAAGCUCGCCAAGGAGGAGUCCAAAGCCGCUAAACCGGCCAAGAAGGUGGUGAAGAAGAAGGCUCCCGUCAAGGCCAAGAAGCCCGCCGCUAAGAAGAGCGCAGCGGCCAAGAAACCCGCCGCAAAGAAACCCGCCGCAGCAGCAGCCAAGAAGUCCCCGAAGAAGGCUCCGGCCAAGAAAGCGGCCAAGAAGCCCGCAAAGAGCCCCAAGAAGGCCGCGGCCAAGAAACCGAAGGCCGCCGCCGUCAAGAAGCCCAAGGCCGCUAAGAAGCCCGUAGCCAAAAAGCCCGCAGCGAAAAAGGCCAAGAAAUAAACAGCAGCUUCAACCCGCACUCAGUGCACCACAGGCUCUUUUCAGAGCCACCACUUAUUCUCUGUAGAGCACAUCCUGUCCUUACAGUAGACUGAGUUAAAUCUACCAACACAUCCAAUUACUUUUCUCUUACAAGAACACCUGCAUACAACCAAGCCACAUUUUGAGAUUGUACAGUUUUUUUUAAUCACAAAAUGUGAUUGUUUGUCAAACUGUAUUUAAAGAACAAUUGUAUUUAAGACAUGAAUAAAAGAGAUUGCAGAUUGAGCUCCUUCAGUUGCAACUGGAAUUUUUAUUUCCUUUCCAAUGAAGACAUAAAAAACAGCUGUUUAUUAUGACUGAAAGCAUUUAACACAUUCCAAUGAUCACAGAAAGCAAUAAGGUGUGUAUUGAAGAUAACAACUUG